AUGAGGCCACUUCAGCGCGGCGCGGUCCUGGCUCUGGGCAUCUUCUGCUGGACGCUGGUGUCCGCAGCGUCCGAGCCGCCAGUCUCCGAUGGCACAGUCCUCAGCGCGCCGACCGGGCGCUGCAGCGAGCAUGUGCUGAGCACGCGCGCCAACCGCACGCGGGUGUUGCGCGGCGUGCAGCCCACCGUCAGCAUGGCCGAGGCGGUCGGCGUGUUCACCGGCGUCGGCGUCUUCGCCUCGCUGAUCGCCUACGGCUUCCACAUGGUGCGCAAGCACGUCUACCACGACGCCGACAGCCUGGACACGGCGUUCGACGCCGGCGGUAAGGUGUCAAUCGGGCUGACGGCCACCACGAUCGUGUCGCAGUGGACGUGGUCGGCGACGCUGCUGCAGUCGUCGACCGUCUCCAGCCUGUAUGGCAUCAGCGGCCCCUACUGGUACGCCGGCGGUGCCACAAUCCAGAUCAUCCUCUUCGCCAUCCUCUCCAUUCAGCUGAAGACGCGCGCGCCCGGCGCCAAGACGUUCCUGCAGGUGAUCCACGCGCGCUUCGGCCCGCGCACGCACCAGGUGUACUGCCUGUUCGCCUUCCUCACCAACCUGGUGGUGAUGAUGUCGCUGACGAUCGCCGGCACGGCCGUGCUCAACAGCCUGGUGGCCGACCUCAGCCCGGAGAUGUCGGCCAUGCUGCUGGCCAUCGUCAUCGGCGGCUACACGCUGAUCGGCGGCCUGGGCGCCACCUUCUACGUCUCCUACUUCAACACGGCGCUCAUCUUCAUCAUGAUCCUGAUGCUAAUCGUCGAAGUGUACUACAACCCGAACGACAACCCGGACAACCCUUUCGGCAGCUCGGACCGGCUGUUUGAGUUCGUCAGUUGCAUGCGCGCCCCCGACGGCAACCAGGACCACAGCUUCCUGACGUUUCUCUCGCAGGGCGGCUUCAUCUUCGGCAUCGUCAACAUCGUCGGCAACUUCGGCACCGUGUUUUGCGACCAGGCUUACUGGCAGAGCUCGGUGGCGGCCAAGCCGCUGCAGGGUGUCUGGGGCUUCAUCCUUGGAGGCCUCACCUGGUUCGCCAUCCCCUUCUGCCUGGCCACCACCAUGGGCCUGACGUACCUAGCCAUGAGCUCGGCGCAGGACGCGCCGCUGCUCACCGACAAGGACGUGUCUAAGGGUCUGGUGGCGCCGAUGGUGGCGCAGGCGCUGCUCGGCCGCACAGGUGAGUACGCCAUCCUGUUCCUGAUCCUGAUGGCCGUCAUGUCGACGGGCUCGGCCGAGGUGAUCGCGGUCGCCUCCAUCGUCAUCUACGACGUGUACCAGGUGUACCUGAAGCCGUUCCGGGCGGACCUGGCGCCGGGCGAGUGUAUCCUGUGCGGGCGCCGACCGCGCGCCGGUCCCGACACAGUCAAGUACCUGGCUCACCUGCUGCGCUACAAGAACUGGAGCAUCGUCUGGGCGACGUUCCUGUCGGUGCCGCUAUGUGUGCUCUGCUGGACCGUCGACCUGGACCUCGCCUGGACCUACUACUUCACCGGCAUCCUCAUCUCGUCAGCCGUCGUGCCGAUCGCGCUCUCCGUGCUGUGGGUGCGCGCCAGCGCGCGUGGCAUGCGGCCGAUGCUGAUCGGCAACGUCGUCUCCGUGUCUGUGGGCGGCCUGGUGUGCGUGGUGCUCUCGCUGCUCGACAACGCGCGCAUGACGGCCGCGCAGAUGGAUCGCGAGUGGGAGAAGACACGCGACAUCGACAACCCGCUGACGCCCUGGGUGUACACCUACCGUCACUGCCUGCAGCUCAGUGACGCGUCUGAGGCCGCCAGCUACCACGAGCGUCCGCCGCUGAGCGGCAUCGUCCACCGCUUCCGGCUGGCCAAGCGGACGGCGCUGGUGGCCAGCGCCGGCUUCACGCUGCUGUUCGUCGUCAUCUGGCCGGGCAGCAUGAUCGCCGCGCACCCGCUGGACGAUGCUGGCUUCCUGGCCUGGACGACCCUCUCCAGGGGCUGGGGCUUCGUGGCGGCCGUGUUCAUCAUGGUCGUACCGCUGGUGCAGGAGGUCAUCUCCAUCGCCUCCCAUUGGAGGAAAGAGCGCCGGGAGACGCCUGGCUCAGAGCAGAUCGGACUGUCAGUGGCGGGCACCUCGCAGACAGGUCGGCGUUCGGACGAGAAAUGA